GUUCUGUCGUGUUGUAUCUGUACCGAUGUUUCGCGGCCGGAUUCACUUGUAAGCCCGUUCUAAUUAUGUAAUGUUUGGGCAGUAGCAUGCUCAGCUACACGAUUUUGUGUACUUAUUUUUGCUAAUUCGUGGAGACGCACUAUGGGAAUCUAUGUGACGGUCAACUUGGACGUCGAGCCGCUUACAGCCGAGCUUUUAUUCCCCCUCGGUCUUCCCGCUGGAAGCUCCGUCGACCUGAUAGUUGCUCCUCCGUCUCAACCAAAAGCGGUGGAUCGCAAAAGUCCGUUUUCCUUGUGUCACGCCCUCGUAUGCGGCAGGAGGGUUCCCAUUGCUCGGAACAACUUCGACAAGAGUUUCGAGGCUCCCUCCGUUCCCAGGGGUCUGAGCGUCCGCUCCCCCCUCGUCAAUGGACAGCGCAUAUGUCAGUUAAAGAAUGUACGCAAGGGGACAUCAACCAAGCCGGUAGCGAACGCGGUACCACAAACACCGCCCGUUGACACUGUCGUUGCGGACGACCCUGAAGAGUGCAAGAAGGCCCUCGAGGACAUCAUCAAGGCCGGAGAGCCCGAGACCAAAACUGUGUUUGUGUGCACCGAGUGUCCGCACCGCACUUUCGACAAGGACGAGGCGGUGGAGCAUUGCAAGUCGCAUCUCGCGUCCGCUGGCCCAGCGGACGUAGCAAGCGCGGCGAAAGAUGUGCCGAGGCCUCCGCCGAAGCGCGGGAGGCCUCCCAAGGAGAGGUUUCACUGCAAUACGUGCGCGAAGUCGUUCUCCUCGCGACAGAGUCUUCAGACGCACCUGCUCAACCACACAAGCCGUGGCGCUGCAGUGCCUUUGGUGACCAGGCUGAAAAGUGUUAGUAAUGUGCCGCCCAGAAGUGAGCCUGCAGACUGUCCGCAAAACCCCGUUUCAGAAACCACUCCUGAUUGCCCACAAACAUUAGUUUCUCGUGCGCUUGAGGAAUAUACGAACCCUACACUAAACAUUCCAAUUUCAGGCGAUUCCAGCACCAGCGGAACUACUGAAUUCAGAUGUGUGGGGUGCGCAGAAAUGUUUGCAUCACUCUCUGAUCUUGACACCCAUCGUCAGUCAGCGCAUCCAGAUUCACACUUUUGCCACAUCUGCGGUGAACUGUUCAGCGAGGCCAUUCACCUCGAAUCGCACGUGACAGCGGCACACGGAAAAGGCAUCUGCUUUUAUUGCACACUUUGCCUGAUGGUUUUUGUGGGCGAGGAAUCCUUUAAGGGCCACAAAGCACGGUGUGGUGUUGUCUGUGCUACAUCCAAACGCAAAAGGCGAGAGUUUAUCUGCUCCCACUGUUCUUUCAUCACUGAUGCUUACUCCAAGCUGUGUGACCAUGUGGUUGAGAAACACCCUAAUGUUUCAGUGCAUCAGUGUGACUAUUGCCAGAAACCCUUCCUCCAUAGUGCCAUGCUUGAGCAUCACCAUGAAACAGUGCAUGAAAAGACAGAUGGGCCAACAGCUGCUGGAAUUGGCAAGAACUCAACGACACGUCUCUAUCCGUGCACUUUCUGUGAUCGUGUGUUUAGGAGCCACCGAGGCAUCCAGGCUCACACAAACAUUCACAAAAACCUGCGGCCAUAUGAGUGCCGCAAAUGUGGUGCCUCACUGACAUCCAUGACUAACCUUAAAGCACAUAUGGUCUGUAUUCAUGGCAACCCUGGUGACAAUGCAAAGUGUCCUCACUGCCCCAAGGUAUUCAAGCUAAAGCGCUCCCUGAACAUACACGUGCGUGCCAUCCACAGCCAGGAAGGUCGCCGGCAGUGUGAGCUCUGUGGCAAGUGGCUGGCCACUGAGCGGAAGCUGCAACGUCACGUAGCCUUAACGCAUUAUGGGGAUUCUGUCAAUGCCCAAGACGGUACGUUCCCCCUGCUGCGACCUCUCAAGUGUGAUCGCUGUGACUUCAAGAGCUUUAGCUACCCACGGCUCGCAAGGCACAGGGUGACACACACGGGAGUGUACCCCCAUCAAUGUCCCGAGUGCAACAAACAGUUUGUGUUCCGUGACCAGAUGACACGGCACGUCCAAAGUGUGCACCGCAAGGUCCGACUCAGCUGCCAACAAUGUCCACGCCUGUUCUUCUCCGAGAAGCUCUUUCAACAGCACCUCGAUGCACAUCGGUUGGGACAAGGUUUCCCUUGCACCAUGUGCGACAACUUCUACGAAACUAAGGCGGCAUUGGACCAUCACAGCCAAAGCCAUGAAGCAAGUCUACCUUAUCAGUGUGAACUGUGCAAGCAACGGUUUAAGUACUCACAGGGGCUUUCUAUUCAUCGGAGGUUUCGGCAUAGCAAGGAAGCAAGGUCAUCGAGCCAGUGGAAGAGUGGCGACCACACGUGGCGGCACAGCUGUGACGUCUGUCACAUUCGCUUCAAGUACCAGAGCAGCCUAGCUGCACACAGGUUGAACCGGCACACCGAUGCUGAGCGACUCACUUGCACCUACUGCAGCCGCAGUUUCAACUCGCAGAGCGUUUUGGCUCUGCACAUUCGCUCACACACUGGCGAGAAACCACACGUGUGCCCACACUGCAGCAAGGCAUUCAGCAUACCAAACAAUCUCAAGAACCACAUCAUCACACAGCACACCAAGGAGUUCAAGUUUUUCUGUCCACUGUGCUCCAAAGGUGCAGUCAGCCAAAUAAAACUACGACAGCAUUUGCUUCAGUCACACAAGGCCAUAAAUGACUCCUCAAGCAAGUACAAGAGAACGGUGACGAAGACUGUUCCGGACAUGCCAGAUAUUGAUGACCUUCCCAUGUCUCAAGUGGCUGUUGAAGAUGCAGCCUCCAUUUUGUCCCAGAUCAUCAUGUGAACCAAAAGCCAGUUUUUAAGCAUUGUGUUACUGUGUUAACAAAACAAAGUGACUUUUGGAAGGAGUAAUUGAAGUUCUACUUAGCUUGUUACUUGAGUGCUGUUCAUGCUGCUUGCAAUAGGAUAAUAAACUGUUGCUGCAUAGAGAAAUGAUAGUAAUAGUCAACAGUAUGUUUCUAUAAAGUAGGAAGUAAGCAACAUGAAAUGACUUAAAAUUUUUGCAGUUUGAAUGAUUUCCAAUUGCUGACAUCAUGUAAGAACACAUGUGAAAUUUAUUUUUCAAAUAACUGUAUUUAUAUUAUUGGUGUGCAGUUAGCAAUUAC